AUGGCCCUGUGCUACCCCAUGGCCGUGGGCCUCAACAAGGGCCACAAGGUGACGAAGAACGUAAGCCAGCUGAGGCACAGCCGGCGGCGAGGGAGCCUCACAAAGCACACCAAAUUCGUGCGGGACGUGAUCCGGGAGGUAUGCGGCUUUGCGCCUUACAAGCGGCGCGCCGUGGAGCUGCUCAAGGUGUCCAAGGACAAGCGCGAGCUCAAGUUCAUCAAGAAGCGGGUGGGCACGCACAGACACGCCAAGAGGAAGCGGGAGGAGCCGAGCAACGUUCGGCCAUCAUGA